GCGACAAAACGAGCAACAGCUGUCAUAUUUGCGCCAUUUAUUUCCACUCGGAUUUUUCGUUUACAAAAAGAAAUUUCAAAAAAGAACAAAAAAGAGAAAAUUUACCAAUUUUCUUCUGUGCUAACUCAAAUCUCAAAAAACAACAAUUUCCUUAUUAUUCAUCAAUUAAAGAACCCAACAAAUAUUAUGCUCUAAACAAAAAACAACAAUUUCGCUCCAACCAACGGAACACACACCAAAAAUGGGUCUAGACUUUGAUGCUCAAGAAUAUUGCAAGAAUAUCAAACAAACUCAAUCCAAUCCGCCGUUCGUCUGUCCCGUCGAGAAAUGCGACAAAUCUUACAAGUCCGUCGUUGGCCUGCAGUAUCAUUUAAUCAACUACGAUCAUGACAAUCCCCAGCAACCGACGACACCGGUAGCGGCGCCCAAUAAGAAACGUGGCCGCAAUCGAUUCCAAGCUUCACCCCAAACUCCCAAGGAUACUGCUGCCUCUCCCAAGGAGGGUGUUAUCUUUUUGGAAAGCGAGAAUUGCGUCCAAUAUAAUAUCGACGAUAAGAGUAUCAAAGUUUCCGUCGAUGAACCUCUGCCCACCAUAACCGAUGAGGAAUUCGAGAAUCUUCUCAGUACUGGAUGCAUCAUUGCGACGCCAGAUGUUGUCGAACCAAUUGUCAAGCUACCCGAUGCUACAUUCAAGAAGAUCGAGAACUAUAGUAUCUCGGAUGCGCCGCCACGACCGAAUGCUUACAUUCGGUUUAUUGAGAAGUCGGCGGAGGAAUUGGACGGAGAGGUGGAGUAUGACGUGGAUGAGGAGGACACAACGUGGCUGUCGAUGAUCAAUGAGGAGCGAGAGGAGACUAACUUGAAUCCAGUGCAUAUUGAUACACUGGAACUGCUAAUGGAUCGACUUGAGAAGGAGUCGUACUUUCAGGCUGCAGCAAAUGGAACGCCAGGCAUCGAGGUGGACGACGAUGCGGUUUGUUGUAUAUGCAUGGACGGCGAGUGCCAAAACACAAACGUGAUUCUCUUCUGCGACAUGUGUAACUUAGCCGUGCAUCAAGACUGCUAUGGUGUGCCGUACAUUCCCGAGGGCCAGUGGUUGUGUCGGCGGUGUUUGCAGUCGCCCAGUACACCCGUUCGAUGUGUUCUCUGUCCGAACACUGGGGGCGCCUUCAAACAAACGGAUCAGGGUAUGUGGGCGCAUGUGGUGUGCGCCCUCUGGAUUCCAGAAGUCCGGUUCGCUAACACUGUUUUCUUGGAACCUAUUGAUUCAAUUGAAACAAUUCCACAAGCCCGAUGGCGACUGACCUGCUAUGUUUGCAAGGAGAAGGGCAUUGGAGCGUGCAUCCAGUGCCAGCGGAAUAGUUGCUAUGCUGCAUUUCAUGUCACAUGCGCCCAGCAGGCUGGUCUCUAUAUGCACAUGGACACUGUGAAAGAUGGUAGCAAUGAGGCUGUCCCGGUUACGGUACAAAAGUACGCCUACUGUCACUCCCACACUCCGCCCGAUGCCAAGUUGAGGGAGAACGAGGAGGAGGACACGCGUCACAAGAUGAAAGAGGCUCGCAAGGUGUUGGCGAAGAAACGCUCCUCUGCGCCCGUCGUUCUAAUUCCAACUAUUCCCCCGGAUCGGAUUCAAGAGAUUUCCAGUUUGGUGACGAUGCAAAAGAAGUCACAGUUCAUUGACAAGUUGAUUGCCUAUUGGACGUUGAAGAGGCAGUAUAGAAAUGGAGUUCCUUUGCUGAGGCGUCUGCAGAGUCAGGGCCAGAGUCAUAGUUUGGCUAGGAAUGGUAUUGAAGGUUCUCCAAAUACAACAGAACUGUACAAACAACUUAAAUACUGGCAGUGCCUUCGCCAAGAUCUCGAAAGAGCGCGUCUUUUGUGUGAAUUGGUGCGCAAGCGGGAGAAGCUAAAAGCCCAAUAUGUCAAGAUAUGCGAACAAGUUGUAAUGCUUCAGAUAAAUCCCCUCGAGACUGCGAUGCGUAAGAUUCUCGAGACAUUAGAAUCAAAGGAUACAGCCGAUAUCUUCCGAGAGCCAGUGGACACAGACGAAGUUCCCGACUAUCUGGACAUUGUCCAGGAACCCAUGGACUUGGGUACAAUGCAUCAGAAACUCUACACCGGUCAAUACACGUCCUUGGAUCAGAUGGAAUCUGAUUUCGAUUUAAUGGUGAAGAAUUGUCUGGCCUACAAUAACAAGGACACGGUCUUCUAUCGGGCUGGCAUCCGAAUGCGAGAUCAAGGGGCGCCCCUGUUCCGAAACACCCGAGAGGAACUGCAGAGGGAGGGAAUUGUCGAGACGAUUAAGAGCGACGAUUGUGUGGCCAUCGAAGUGGAGGAGGAACUUAAGCUUUUGCUGAAGUCCGUUCCCACAGAGGAUGUCAUCCAAAAGAUGUUGAUUCUAGCCGACAAAUCCCAAGUGCUCAAGAAUCCGCAGCAUCGAACGAAGAAGAUCAAACAGAUUCGCGUGGAGAUAGCGAGGAUGCGGAAGGCCAUGGCUAAGGCUAAAGCAGCUGUGAGGAACUCUACGGGGGGAGCAGCCAAUCAUUCUCAAGAAGACUGCGAAGACAUGGACGAAGAUGAGCCUGAGGUGGAGGCCGCCAAAGGCGAACUUCCUCUCCAGACACCGCCCUGUAGCCCGCUCAAAGCAGUCACAAACAGCGCCUCACCUGCUGGAGUCAAUAGAAGAACCGCUGUCCUAUUCACAAGGAAAGCACAAGCAGCAAUGAAACGUCCAGAAAUCUCUUCGCUCAAAGAGGAAUCCAAUGACCUGCCAUUGAUGAUGAUGGAUGGCAUCAAGUCGCCCAAGCGGAGCAUAAAGAACAAACGUCUGUCAAACGACCGCCUGCGCAGCAUGUCCAUAAGUCCCGCCAGGAUCACUGCCCCCCGCGAGAACAUCCUCCAGAACAUGCCGGACAGCUUUCGGGUGUACCGAGCGAACGCGGGCGGCGACAACUCGGAGAGCGACGAGAGCGACCUCAGUGAUAUAUCGGGCAGCCCGUGCAGCAGCUGUUCCGGCUUUGGCAUCAGUGGAUCCGGCUCCGAAUAUGAUUCCACGUCCGAAGACGACGAAGAAGACGAGGAGAUGGCCAGUGUCAACGAAUCCGAAUCGAAUUCCCACAGCCACACCAACCACCAGCACCUUCUGAAAUUGAAUGAAUGUCUGCCACCGUCCAAGAACUCCUCAAUCCUGCGCCGAAUUCCCACUCCGGUUCCCCAGGUCCUCAUGGAGCCCAUCAAGCCUCCACUGGAACCCCUGCAACUCGUGUGGGCCAAGUGCCGCGGCUAUCCUUGGUAUCCGGCCCUCAUACUCGAUCCCAAGACCCCCAAAGGCUUCGUCUACAACGGGGUGCCACUGCCUGCUCCGCCCGCCGAGGUUCUAGCGCUGCGCAAAAACCACACCGAGGAAGUGUUCUUGGUGCUGUUCUUCGACGCAAAGCGGACAUGGCAAUGGCUGCCCGAAGCGAAGCUUGAAAUCCUCGGCAUCGACAAACAACUCGACCAAAACAAACUGGUCGAGUCGCGCAAACCCGCCGAGCGCAAAGCCGUCAAGAAGGCCUACCAAGACGCCCUGCACUACCAGAGUCAGGUCUCAGAUCUGGACGGUCAAGGACCCGAUCCAAUUAUGUAAAUUUUUUUCAAAAUAUUUUCCAAACGCGAUGGCGAACAUUAAUUGCAAUCUUUUUUCAUUUUUUUUCUUUUUCUUCCACAUUUUAUUGUACAUUCUCUCUUUUUCUCUUUUUAUCUCGCUCUUCAACUUAAAAAAAAAAAACAUUCUCUUAAUUUUUUUAAUUUCCUUUUAAAUGUAAUUAAAUUUAAUAUAAAAACAAAAACAAAAAACAAAACGAUACAAAAAUUAAUUAAUUCAUUUAAUUGUAUCCAGCAAAAUAUUUUAAAAAUAAUUGUUUAUUGUCUUUUUAUUAUUUUUUUGUUUGUUUCUGUUUCUCUGUUAAAAAAUUAAAAAAAAAAAAACUAGGAUUUAGAAAUUAACUUUAUUGAAAAUAAAUAAAUACAAAAAUUUAAGAAUAAAAAGAAGUAAUGUAAAAUUAAUGUUUUUGGUAUAAAUAUAGUAUAUUAUAUAUAUUCUCGAGUAAGCUUGUAAUUAUUAUAUAAAAUAUUGUUAACUUUUAAUUUUUGUUUUUUCUUUUUUUCUUUUCGUUAAGAACUUUUGAAGGAAAAUCAAAAUGAAAACAAAACAAAACAACAAAAUAUAUUAGAAAAGAUGAGUUAUAGUGUAUUUUUGUUUAUUGUUUUUCUUUUAAUUUGUUGUUUCUUUCAUAUUUUUAUACAUAGAUUUUUUGUGUUUUUAGUUUGAGAAACAAAAAGCAAAAAUUAAAAAAAGCUGCACGUUUUUAAAAUCCAUUUAUUUAAUAGUUUUCCAUUUCUCCACCCACACAAACGAUUUGUUUAAAAUUCUUUUAAUUUUUAUUUUUCUCUGUGUAGGUUUAUUAUUAUUAUUAAUUAAUUAAUUAUUAUUAUUAUUAUGAUUAUCAUUACGAUUGUAAAUGUUUUUUGGAUUGUAUCUCAGUUAAAUGAAGAAAUACACGAUAAGUUUUGUUUAUAUACA